CUAAUUGCAACAGCCCGAGGAAGGGGAUCUUCCCAGCGGAUGGCGUGGUUUCGUAGCCCGUUGGCGCUCCUCUGUGACUUCCUGUUCAUUGCCUGCUCCUUCUUGCUGCUGUUUCCACUCGACAAAAACAUCACGCUCACGUCCUUCCGCCAGAUCCCUCCCGGCAAUGAGACCACACGCAUUGCUGACAGCAACUGCACUCGGUACAAUGCCAGAUUCCCUUCAAAAGGAGAGGUACGACAAGCAAUCGACACAUUCAUGAAUGGGCUUGUCUGUCUGUUGGAAUAAGUGGAUGGUUGGCUGCAGGUGCUGCAUGCCUGGGUGUAUGUGCCGGACGGCCGGGGCGAGGCCGGACUGCCGGUCAUACUCACUGCCACCGGCCUGGGCUCACAAAAGGUGACUCCAGAUUGUUUGUGGUGCACGCACACACACGACGUACACAUCUGUUCUGUGUCUGUCUGUGUGUGCAGGAUUUGGGUUUAGAGCCACUGGCAGAGGCCCUGUGCGGCGGCGGCCUCGUGGCAUUCGUCUUCGACUAUCGCUACUUCGGCGGAUCGGUACGCUGGGAAAUCGCGCAAAGACCCCGAGCAGGGCGCCUCACCUGUGUCUGCGCUUAUGUGUGUGUGAUUGCAGACUGGCUCGCCGCGGCACGUGACUCUUCCGUGGCUGCAAAUAGAGGACUGGAUAUCCACUCUCACCUACGUGACAUCAGUGGACCCCUCAAAGCAUCCUCAGGAGAACUCCUGGCAGGCGGCCAUCGACCCUUCGCGUGUGGUGCUGUUCGGCAGCAGCUACGGGGGGGCGCAUGUGCUUUCGGUCGGGGGGAAGGUCAACGGCACGGUGGCGGGCAAGGCCGUCAAGGGAAUCCUCGCUCAGGUGUGCUGUGCUUGUGUGUAAUGGAUGCACGGCUGUCACGCAUCUGUGUGGAUCGGUGUGUGUCUACACAGGUGCCUUUGCUGGACGGUCGAGUGAGUUCUCGGCGGGCGCUGAAGAACCGCAGUGCACUCACGAGUGUGCGCAUGUUGUGGGCGUUGCUGGCGGACCUGGCGAGGUGAGCAAGCCCCUUGCACAGACACUGCAGUGCGUCGCACAAACAAAUCAAUAAUACGUUUGUUCAGGUGGCUGGUGGGGAUGAAUCCUGCGAGCAUCCCGGUGGCCGCAAAGGUGUCUGAGGGGGGCAUGGCCGCAAUGGCACUCAGCGACGAGGUACGGCCGCAUAGCAUACACGACCACACGCCCUGUCUGUCUCAAUUUGUGACUGUGUCUGUUUGUCAAUCAAUCAGGAUUACGCCUUGUGGCGUGGAAAGAUUCCCACUCGGCCGCUGGGCGGCUGGCAGAACGAACUGCCGGCCAGAGUGCUCAUCGGACCCAUGGCGUACCGACCCAUUCGUAAGUGAACCGCUAUACACACACAUGGAUGGAUGGAUGGAUGUGUGUGCGUCUGCUUGCGAUUGAUCAGAGCAUCUGGGUGAGAAUCCCUACCCCACUCUGAUCGUAUCGGCGACGCAGGACUUCAUGCACGAUGCGUCGCUGCCGAGGGAGGCCGUCAAGCUGCUGCCGCAGGGGGUGUUGCACGAGGAGGACUGCACACACUUCGACGUGUACACGGAUGCAGUCAGACAGAGAGUGAUACAGCGAAUGAUGGCUUUUGUGGCGGAACACACUUGAUCGACUGAGUCGUCUGCUGUAGCAGUUUUUGUGUAGUGGGGCUGCUCGACGCUUGUGCCGGUUUUUGCUUGUCUGCCUAGGUUGGGUGACCUUCG